CGGGUCUGGGGUUCAGAAAGCUGGGAGCGGGCUUUGGGGAGAAGGGGAUCUCUCCCCAAGGCCUCUUAUUCCUCGACUAGGCGAGGAUGGUCUCUGGCUGUCGCUCUGUCCGGCCAGCAGCAGCAGCACCCAGAAGGAGCGUCGUGUUGGCCGGGCUCGCCGGGUGAUGCGCCGCGACAGCUAAACCGGGGAUAGGGUUUCAGCGGCGACUCUAUAUAUAAAGCAGCCGGGGGCCCUGAUGUCAGCGCGCUAAUUAAAUUCCGCCGGGCCGGGCGGCUUCUCUGCGGGGGCUUCUCGGUCGGGAGCCCCUCCGAGAGAGGCGCGCAGAGGCGGCGGGAGAGCCAUGAUGAUGGACCUUUUCGAGCCCGGCUCCUAUUUCUUCUACUUGGACGCCGGCGACCAUGGAGGCCUGCAGGCCCUGGACAUGGCCGACGAGGGGUCGCCGCUGUACCCGGGCAGCGAGGGCCCCUUGUCGCCCAGCUCGUGCCCCGACCAGCUGGCCCCGGAGGCCGGAGGGGGCGGCGGGGGCGACAGCAGCAGCGGCAGCAGCAGCAUCGGGGGCGACGAGGAGCAGCACGUGCUGGCGCCGCCGGGCCUGCAGGCGCCCCACUGCCCGGGCCAGUGCCUCAUGUGGGCUUGCAAAACGUGCAAGCGGAAGUCGGCGCCCACCGACCGGCGCAAGGCGGCCACGCUGCGCGAGAGGAGGCGCCUGAAGAAGAUCAACGAGGCCUUCGAGGCGCUCAAGAGGCGCACGGUGGCCAACCCCAACCAGCGCCUGCCCAAGGUGGAGAUCCUGCGCAGCGCCAUCAGCUACAUCGAGAGGCUCCAGGACCUCCUGCACCGCCUCGACCAGCAGGACAAGAGCCACCAGCAGCUCCUGCUGCCCGCCAACGGGGGCGCCGUCGGAGACGCCUUCGCCGGCAGCGCCAAGCAGGGCCAGGUAAGCGCCACUGCCGCGCGCAAAAGGCGCGGUCGCCUCCCUUAGCCCCGCUCCGAAUUGGAGAGGGGGGCGCAGCCGGGCCAGCGGCGGAUCUGCUGCUGCUGUUGCUGCCGCCGAUCGGCACUCCCCUUUCGUGCCAGCCCCCUCCCUCUUCCCCUGCCCCUGCCCCACUCCCGCCCCCAACUCUCUCUCUUUCUCGCCUUCCUUCCUUCCUCAGGUGCCCCCGCCCGACUUCUUGAGCCCCUGCAGCGCCGACUGGCCCAGAGGCUCGGAGCAUUCCAGGGCGCUGCCCAUGGGCGCCAAGGAAGGUAAAGCUCCACGCUGACAAGGAGACUGGGGGUGUGGGGUGGGGUGUUUCAUCUGGCUGGGAGACUCGGGAUUGUUGUGCCCCCCACUACGCCCUCUCUCCCCCCACCCGCAGCCCAAAUGCUUUCACUUCGCAGGAUUCGCCUGGUUUGGCUACUUACAUUUGCGCGCGCGCACACACACACGCAAAGUCCCACUUUUCUGGCGCCGACGGGUCCUCUGGAGCAGCCCUGCUUCCCAAGGGACUCUUUCCCCGAGAGAUGGUGCCUGGUUUGGAAUGGAAGGGGAGGGGGCGGCUCACAGACGCCUUUGAAAGUUUCUGCCCUAAUAAAUCAGGCGCAGUGCGAUCCUGAGCUGAGCAGGACCUCCUCUCUACAGCGCGGGUACUUAAGUUUGCAAGCGCGCGCUCUGUCCUAAGGAGAAGCGCACAGAAGGAAUCCCCACGUUUCCUUUCAACACCAGCUGCGAGUUGCACCUGUUCCGCUCCUUUAUCAGGCCAAACCUGGGUAAUCUCCCCAAUGGGUUUGUUUUCUGGAGAGCUCCCGUUGGAUGGCUCAGGAGAGUGAAUUGCCUCGGGAGUUGCCUGCAGGAUCGCAGCACACCGCACCCCUCACUCCGUCCUGAGCUCACGGACUUGAAAGCGGACCCGAUUCUUUCAGCGGCACAUUUCGCAAUAGGGUCCUCCUCAGCCUGUGAUCCUAAAAACACGUCCUCUGAGAGGCGCAAAUCCCCCCACAACUAGAAAACGUUGUGCUAGUUUACUUUGGAUGUUUUGGGCUUGUGAGCAAAAUCCUUGCUGGAAAUGAAUGGGAUUCACGUUUCUAAAUAACUCUCGGUUGCGGGGGGGGGGGGGGCGGGCCUAACCCUGUCAGUCUGCUGCAUCUGUCUAAGUGGCGUGUGUCCCGGAAAGGUGAUAACACACGGAGGGGUCCCCUGGGUGGUCGAUCUCUCCGUCAUUUGGAAUAGAUCUGCAAGGGAUUCCGGCUGCCAAUUCUUUUAACGAUGAGACCCCAACUCCUUGAAUUCGGCGGAGGAAACGAAUAUAUAUAGGUGGUAACCAGAAGUGUCAGCCCCGUGCUGACAAUAAAUGGCCGGAUUCAGAAUCUCCACCACCACGAUUUUAUUCUAAACUGCCUGCCUUUUGCACCUGACUUUGGGUUGGUAGAUCUUGGUAUUCCACCGUUUUACAACAAAACAGAUCUGACGCGCCUGUCCGCCCCUUCCAUGAUCAGUGUGUGGGUCUUUGAGGGACUCCUGCCGUGGGAUUCUGUGGGCGCUUUUUGGUUCAAAAACACAAGUGGCUCGUGAGGAGGAUGGGGCCCCGAUCCCGCGUGCGCUAAAAUGCCUUUUCCCCCUUCCAAACCCAGGGAAUCCCCUUGGCGACUCGUCCGCGUCGAGCAGCCUCCGUUGCCUCUCCUCUAUCGUGGAUAGCAUCUCGUCGGAAGACCGCAAAGUACCCAGCGGGGAGGAAGUCGUGGAGAAGUAGCCGGCCUGGUAGUAUUUUUGGAAACAUGCAGCAGCCCUGGAAGGGACGGUCUCUCUCCCUCCCUCUCCACUUCGCCCUUUGGACUAAAUCACAAUUAAUUUAAUCUUCUGGAAAUCCUAGAUGGGGUGGAGGGCGGCGUUGUGGAAAAGAACACACAGCUGAACAAAUAAUAAACGCAUCUUCUUAAAAGGAAGUUUUGCCCUCCGACAAAAGUGCGCCGGCCCGCUUGCAUUUCCACCCCGCCCCCCCUCCCCGCAAAACCAAUUUUCAGAGGUAUUUUUAUUUUACCGAACGUUGCCUCGACCACCCCAACCCUCUCCUUUUAUAAUUAAUAUAUUGCCUUGUGGUUUACUGAGGGUCUUUUCUUUGGGUAACACAGUUCAUUCCUGUUUGAAGGAAGUUCCUGGUUGCCUUCUAUUCUAUUCUCUUCUCUCUCUCUUUUUUUUAAAGUUCCUGAGAUUUAGGGUUUGUGUUUGCGUGGGUUUUGUUUUUGUUUUUGUAUAUAAUGUUAGUACUUUUCUUUAUCUCUUAUUCCCUUUUUUAAGAAAGACAAAAAAAAUUAUUAUCUAUUUAAAAUGUGGAAAGUGAUCCUGUAUAUAAGAAAAGCUAGAUAAAGUUUCCAAGGUUGUAAAAUAAAUCUCUUUGUGU